AUGUAUAACGUUUUUAUGCUGUUAUUGUUGAUGAUCAAUCAUUGUCGCUCACACGAUGGCGUACAUAGAUACAAACAUCUGAAAGACACAUUUUUGGAAGAUGGCGGCCGCACUGAGAACGUCACUACACUUGGAGAUUACGACUCCUCAGAACAUAAGACACACAGUGAUUUUGUUGUUCGGGAUGAGUAUAUCUGCGGAGUGUGUAGCUGUUGGGAGGAAAAAUCUACCUCUAACACUCACAUAAGCGCAAACUGCGAACACAAAUGGCUGAAAGCAUUUCCAAAAGGACUUCCUGUUGGUUUAUGGUCUUUGCAUUUGUCUAACAAUAAAAUUCUACCGUUAUCCACCUCGCGUUUUCAAAGUUUUCCCAACUUGACGUACGUGUUCAUGUCUUCCGGAACACUGAGCAACGUAACGUAUGAUGAUACAGUUUCCAAUAUGACAUCACAAAUGUUACAUUUAGACUUGUCGGCCAACUGGUUAAAAUUGAUUGAAGAUGGCUGCUUUAGACUAAUGACAAAGCUGAAAACACUUUUGCUAAACAAAAACAAAUUGGGGCGGAUCACCAACUACACGCUUCAAGGUCUUUCAGAACUAAGACGUUUAGACGUGUCGAAAAACUGGCUUCAACACAUAGAGAGCGGCGCAUUCCGGCACACAACACGGCUGACGUUCUUAAGCCUGAACUUAAACGGCCAUCUUGAUAACUCCUGGAACUUUCUACCACCAGCAUUGGUUGCACCCUUGCAGGAACUGAAAGUCCUAGGUCUGAUGCGCGUGGCGAGGGAUGAAAUAACUUACCCAAACAAGGCUUUGGCCACGCUGACCAAUCUGGAGGAACUGUACAUCGAUGGCCUGAGAAAUAGUGUAAAAUUUGGUCCGGAACUUCAAAAACUACGUAACUUAACUCGCAUCCAUAUUGGCGGAGGAGUUCACUGUUCGUUAAAAAACAUCAGUUCAACGUUUUUUCAAAACAUUCCUAACAUAAAACACUUAUAUAUUACCCAUUGCCGACUUAUGAAUAUUAGCUUGACAGUUUAUUCCAAGUUAAAUCUGACGUUGUUGUCGCUGGAUAAUUUAGUCAACUACGAUCUCUACACGGCGUUCGAUGACUUGAGAGCACUUCAGUAUUCGGGUCUCAGAACUCUCCAUCUCACCCAUCUGUAUCACUCCACUUAUCCGUGUCGUUAUCUCAACGCGGCACAAGCCAAAUAUAUAAGAAACAUCGCACUCGAAGAACUUGAUCUCUCAUCAAACAGACUGGCUCUGUUAGGUGAUGAUUUCUUACAACUACUGCCGAGAACCUUGAAGAAACUUGUUUUAAGAGAAAAUCAGCUCUCUUUGAUAAGUUUAAUUCUUAACCGCACUGACUACCUGGAGAAUCUGAUAACCCUUGACCUUUCUACACAAAACACCAAUGCUCCAUGGAAAGGGCCUGAACAGUUAGAGAAAUGUUUAGUGUCGCGGUUAGACUCUUCAACUUCUUCAGAAGGUCGCUUCCAGAACUUUGAAAUAGUAAAACAAAAUUUCAAUGCAAGUUCUCCAAGUGAAACUGCUGGUGUUGAUGUAAAAAAAUGUUUUAAGCUUUUCACCCAAGCAAGCCUCAGUUUGACCACAGCAUACGAUGUGAAUGAACCGCCUUUCAAAAUUCCACCAAGCCUUCAAGUUCUUAAUGCGUCCCAGUACAGCAGUUUCGGAACCAUUUUAUUUAUUAACCGCCUUGAUCCGAACAACAGCCUCACAGACAUUGAUUUUUCUGAAAGUUUCCUGACAACUUGGGGACAAGGUCUACUACCCACAACUUUUCAGAGAAUUAAUUUAAGCAAUAAUUUCUGCAAGCACAUAAAUCCUCACUUUUUUCCUGAAAAUAAUUCCGUAAAAUUCCUUGACCUUUCGGACAACUCACUGGGAUCAGAUUUUGCGGUAGACAUCAACGGCACAAUUUUCUCGACCCUGACAAACGCCAUUGAAUUGGACAUUUCUCGUAACCUGAUUUACAAACUCUCUCGACAAUUCUUUCGUGGCCUGAAGCAUCUCGUCUCUCUGAGACUCUCAGAAAACAAACUCCAGACACUCAACUCGUCGUUUGCCCACAUGAAACAUCUCCGCCUUCUUGACCUCAGUAAAAACUCCAUUGUUUGGAUUGACAAGAGAGUUCGUGAUGAACUAGAUGAAAUUGGCGAGACGCUUUCGAUAGACUUGACCUCUAACCCCUUGUCCUGCACGUGCUCUUCCCUCGAGCAGAUAGUUUGGAUGAUGAAGACGAAGAUAACGUUGUUAAACGAAGAUUAUCUUCAUUGCACAUUCGACGACGGCGUUGACAGACCGAUAGGAAACCUCCAGAAGCGAGUUCAGUCCGUCCAGAGAAUGUGCGCCUCAAAAGCUUUAGUCAUUGUGGUUUGUGUUGCUCUAAUCUGCUUGCUUGGCACCGUGGCGGGAUUUGUCGUCAUCUACCGCAACAGAUGGAAGCUCCGUUACAUCAGGAACAUCGCUGUGGCUAAACUGGUUGGGUUUGAACCAAAGCGCGCUAACGAGGAAGGCUUUCGUUUCGAUGCUUAUAUUUUGUACACAGAAACCACACGUAACUUUGUGCUCAAUGAUUGCCUUAGAGAGCUAGAAGAGAAAAGGGGACAUAAGCUCUGUAUCGCAGACCGCAAUUUUCUGCCUGGAACCCUCAUCAUCUCCGAUAUCGUCAGCGCCGUUCAAAACAGUUCAAAAACCGUGCCGGUCUCCGAGCCAGGCUUCUACGCGGAUGACGAAUAUUCGGAAUACUCGGUCAAGAUGGCGAUCAUGGAGGAGGUAUUCAAAACGAGGCAGGUUCUGCACGUGAUUGUACUGGAACCAACACCGGCAGACGACAUGCCUGUCGAUUUACUUGUGGCUAUGAAAAGAAAUAGCUACACGGAGUUUCCACCAGCGGAUGAAAGAAAUGAAGAAUUACUGGAGCAUUUCUGGGACCAGCUUUCCCUGGCGAUAGGCCACACGGCAAACAAUCGGCAAUAA